AUGUCAUCGGGAUUCCACCCGUUCGGAGGGCGAGUCAGCAGACGUUUUGGAGACAAGGUAUGUUGCAGACUUGACUGCUUUGCAGUUGACUACAUCUCGAACAAAUUUGCUGACGGAAAUGGUAUAGNNUCACUUCAUCCGGAUGAUGCCUAUCUCAGCUNNGCCAUCGCUUUCUGGGAAGAAUACCUCGAACAUGAAAAGCUGAAUGCCUACCCGAAAGCCCGCAUCGUCCUCCUCCGCCCCAGCAUGGCCUUCAUGCUGCUCCAAACCAACGAUCCCAUGAGCCUGAAAUCCGCACUACCGAGUUUCGAACACACAACACACAUCUUCCUGCCCGUGAACGACUGCCGCGACGUCGAGGCAGCAGAAGGCGGUUCGCACUGGAGUCUACUUCUCGUCAGUGUCGUUGAUGGCGUAGCUUUCCACUACGACUCGCUGUGCCCAUCCAACAUGGAACCAGCCAAGAUGCUGUCACACCAUAUUUCGCAGCUGCUACAGAAGCCGCUCAAGUUUGUGAAUCUGGACGAUUCGCCGCAGCAAGAGAAUGGAAGCGAUUGUGGUGUGUUUGUGUGUUUGCUCAUGCAACAUCUGUUGCUUGGGAGAUUGUUGCAGGCACAUGCGCAAGAUAAGGUUAGCAUGAGUAUGAAGGGCAAGAAUGUGGAUGCUACUGGUGGCAGAAAAGAGAUGUUGCGGGUCAUUGAAAUGUUCAGGAAGGAAGGAGAGAGGAGACGCUCGUGA